AAAAUGGUUCUUAUUGCGUGGUUUUUCCACGAAGACCGUGAAAAUUCUUCAGGUGCUGAGACGUGCCGUCCUUCUCGCCCUACAUUGCGCAGGCGUGAUUCCAUCUGAGCAGUUGGAUAUAGAAAGCUGUUGGACGCUAUCGUGUUAACCUAUUUCUGGAAAUGUGAAGCAAGUAACUGUAGGCGGUGUACUUUUUUUUCCUGGAAUCGUGUAUGAGGAAAACUAAAGCUCUGGGCUUUUUAACGGUCAGUUUCCUGCGCCGACGACACGCAUCAACCUGUGGAUGGCGUGUUGCAUCUAGCGAUCGUGCGAUAAAGCCGCGGGUUUUAUGAAAGGGAGACGACGGCGACACAGGCAGUGCAGCGGUUUCGGUUUAUGAAUGGCACCGACAUGGAGGAGAUUCCGUUCCAGCAUGUCAAAACACGCAGGAAGCAUGGCCACUGUCCUGUCGGCGCCCCGCUGAAUGCCAUCGCCUGCGAGGACGAGUUUGACUGCAAGGAGCUGGAGUCCCUUUUCCAGAUUUACAACCUGAAACUGGAGCAGACGUCCACCCUGAAGGCACUUGCGGUUCUGAUCGUGAUGGCAGCAACUUUGGCCGUGCUCGAACUGGUCUCCGGUCCGAGUCUGACAAUAUCCAAAGGGUCCCAUCCGCUGCACUGCGUUAUCUUCGUCUCCCUUUUCAUUGUCACCAAUGUCAAGUACCUGCAGGUGACACAGCUUCAACAGAUCCUCAAAUUGACCUUGCUCUUCAGCUUCACCUUCUCCUUCCUCUGCUGCCCGUUCGCCCUGGGAGCGCACGGCGUGAACAAGCCAUCGUCCCCGGAGCAGGGAAUGUGGCAGCUCAUGCUGGUCACCUUCGUCGCCUAUUCCCUCCUGCCCGUGCGGACGCUGUUAGCCGUAGUUUUUGGGAUUAUGGUCGCCAUCUCCCAUCUAAUCGUGACGGGGACAUCAGUCACAGCCAAGAGACAGAGACUGUGGAGGACGUUGGGGGCCAAUGCCGUGCUCUUCACAAGUGUCAACCUCUCUGGGGCCUUCGUGAGGAUCCUGACCGAGAGGGCCCAGCGGAAGGCCUUCCUGCAGGCCCGCGACUGCAUCGAGGAGAGACUCCGGCUGGAGGACGAGAACGAGAAACAGGAACGUCUCCUGAUGAGCCUGCUGCCAAGGAAUGUGGCCAUGGAGAUGAAGGAGGACUUCCUGAAGCCACCAGAGCGUAUCUUCCACAAGAUCUAUAUCCAAAGGCAUGACAAUGUCAGCAUCCUCUUCGCCGAUAUCGUGGGCUUCACCGGUCUGGCGUCCCAGUGCACCGCACAGGAGCUGGUCAAGCUGCUCAACGAACUCUUCGGCAAGUUUGACGAGCUGGCCACCGAGAACCACUGCAGACGGAUCAAGAUCCUGGGAGACUGUUAUUACUGUGUGUCUGGCCUGACCCAGCCCAAGACAGACCAUGCCCACUGCUGUGUGGAGAUGGGCUUGGACAUGAUUGACACCAUCACGUCAGUGGCAGAAGCGACGGAGGUGGACCUCAACAUGCGCGUGGGCCUGCACACAGGGAGGGUCCUCUGCGGAGUGCUGGGCCUUCGCAAGUGGCAGUAUGAUGUGUGGUCCAAUGAUGUGACGCUCGCCAAUGUCAUGGAGGCCGGAGGCUUGCCUGGGAAGGUCCACAUUACCAGAACCACACUGGAAUACCUUAACGGAGACUAUGAGGUAGAACCAGGCUAUGGGCACCAGAGGAACUCUUUCCUUCAGAAGCAUGACAUCGAGACCUUCUUCAUAGUGCCGUCACACCGUCGGAAGAUAUUUCCCGGGCUGAUUCUGUCGGACAUCAAGCCAGCCAAGCGGAUGAAGUUCAAGACUGUGUGCUACCUGCUGGUGCAGCUCAUGCAUUGUCAGAAGAUGUUCAAGGCUGAGAUCCCCUUCUCCAACGUCAUGACCUGUGAGGACGACGACAAGAGGAGGGCAUUGCGUACGGCCUCGGAGAAGCUGCGGAGCCGCACGUCUUUCUCGGCAGGCGCGGCCCAGCACGCCCCGGGCACGCGGGUGAACCGCUACAUUGGGCGUCUGAUCGAGGCACGGCAGACUGAGUCCGAGAUGGCCGACCUGCGCUGUGUCUCGUUAAUGUACCGGCGUGCUGAGCGGGAGGAGAAGUAUCACCAGAUCCUUGACGAUCACUUCACGGGCGCUGUGACCCUCUCUUUGGUCCUCGCCGCCUCCAUCGGCCUCGUCUACCUGCUGAUAAUCCCACCAGGCACAGUUGUGCUGGUCCUGCUGGCCUUCUGCAUCUGUUUCCACGUGGCCUGCAUCAUGUACCUGCACGUCACCAGUGUCCAGUGCUUCCCGGGCUGCCUGACCAUCAGAAUACGGACAGUCCUAUGCAUCCUCAUCGUGCUCCUGAUCUACGCAGUGGCCCAAGCUUGCGUGGUGGGCUGCCUGCCGCGGCCACGGGACCUGAACUCCAACACCUCUGAGGUCCUCCUGAACCGCAGUGUGCUGGAGCAGCCACCAUUUGACAGUGUGCCCUAUGCCUUGCUGUGCUGUGUCACCGGCACGCUCACUUUGGCCCUCUUCCUCCGCGUCUCCUCGGUGCCCAAGAUGGCGCUGCUCUUGCUUGUUGCCGGCUUGUACGUCACUGUCCUUGAGGUCGGCGGCUUAGACGGGCCCAUGGGUGCUGGGGUGUUCCAUGCCUGGGCCUGUGAGCCCAUCCUGACCAUCCUGCUCUUCACUAGCACCCUGGCCCUCCACUCCAGACAGCUGGACUUGAAGUUGCGGCUGGACUACCUCUGGGCCACGCAGGCUGAGGAAGAGAGGGACGACAUGGAGAGGGUGAAACUAGACAAUAAGAGAAUCCUCUUCAACCUCCUGCCUGCACACGUCGCACAGCACUUCCUGAUGUCCAACCCCAGGAACAUGGACCUGUACUACCAGUCCUACUCCCAAGUUGGUGUUCUCUUUGCUUCCAUCCCCAACUUUAAUGACUUCUACAUCGAGCUGGAUGGCAACAACAUGGGGGUGGAAUGCCUGCGACUCCUCAAUGAGAUCAUCGCCGAUUUUGACGAGCUCAUGGACAAGGAAUGCUACAAGGACAUCGAGAAGAUCAAAACCAUUGGCAGCACAUACAUGGCGGCCGUGGGCUUAGUGCCGACCACAUGUUCAAAGGGCAAGAACAGCGUGACUUCGCAUCUGGGCACGGUGGCCGACUUCGCCAUAGAGAUGUUCGACGUGCUAGACAGCAUCAACUACCAGUCGUACAACGAGUUUGUGCUGCGAGUGGGUAUCAACGUGGGCCCAGUGGUGGCCGGGGUCAUUGGGGCCAGGAGACCCCAGUAUGACAUCUGGGGAAACACAGUGAAUGUGGCCAGCCGCAUGGACAGCACCGGCGUUCAAGGGAAGAUACAGGUCACGGAGGACGUGUACCGCCUGCUGAGGGGCAGCUAUGUGCUCGUGUGUCGGGGCACGGUGAGCGUGAAGGGCAAAGGAGACAUGCUGACGUACUUCCUGGAGGGGAAGUCCCAGAGCCCUGGCUCCCAGCGCCCCCCCAAAGGCCUGGAGCGCAGGGCACAUCCUCCCAGCCGAGCCAACGUCCGCACUAAGCUGGGGGCCAGCUUCCUCUCCAUCGGAGCCACCCCCACCACCCCCUGCCUGCAGCCAAGGUCUGCGUAUUCCACCACGGUUGAGCCAUGAGGAGCCAGAACGUGCCAAGACUACUGCUCCACUGCCUCCCUGUCCCCCCCCCCCACCCAACCCCACCUAACCACCACUGGAUUAGUGGACAAUUCUGCUCUCCCCCCAGAUGCUCACCACAUGGUCUUAGGCAAAAGUAUAACCAAGAAUCCCUGUGGUCCAACCAAAGAUAACACUGAACCAUUGCUGUGAAAACAGCCAUUUGGGACAAAAGGAGGGCAAACAGGUUGCAACUACUUCUGGGCUGGACCUGUGACAGGUCUGGUUGUAACUGGGGUGUUGGGCGUCCCCUUUGUAAAACACUUCUGGGUCCUUUAUGGGACCCAACAGUGCAUGAAAUAUCAAACUGCUUCUAUGGAGUGACAGUUUCAACACCAAGGGAUUCACUUUACGCAGACUCAAGCUAGGGCGACAUGAACGUCUUCCUGCCUCACAGAGACAAAUCAUCUGGACAAGGCGAUAUCUCUCAUAGAGGAAGAGGAGGCUGCCACAGCACACGUUCCAACCUGAAAGCCCCCAGACUUCCUUCUGAUGGACAUCUUGGUCUGACAGAGUAAUUUUGAGUUAUCCAAAAUGCUUGGCUCUGGCAGUUCCUGGCCCUGCUUCUCAAAGUAAAUAGUCUUUAUUUCUGGUGUCUUUGGUUUAAAAAAAAAAUGCAUUGCGCAUAUUGAAACGUCCGAAGAAUGUGGAGGCCUUCCUUUGGUCCAUCUCCAGUAAUAUGCCAAGGUUAAUUGUUCCUGCUUUGGGGCCAAGUUUGGUGUACUGUGAUACUGCCCUGUAAGAUUGAAUAAUUACAGUCGUCUAGUGAGGCUUUCUAUUUUUACAUAGGUAUGCGUACGGGGGUUUUUCAGGCGGCCCUCAACGGUAAUUAAACGGCACAAACAGGAUUUCCGUAGCUCAUGAGUAAUAUUUCUGGAACGGUACGUCCCGUUGGUCCAUUCGUUUGGGCAGAAGAGUGUUGAAUCCCCGGCAGCCUUCCUAGCGUCCGGUAUUCGAGGGCCCAGGCUGGUUUUUGAGGGCCCAUGCAUGGAAUAGACCACCAUGGGUAUGGUGUGUUGUCCUCCAUGCUGCAUGCUAUCAGCUAACUUGACGUUGACCGCGUGAACACCUCGGUGAGCGCAGGAGGACCACUGGCGACGUCCUUGAACCAGACGCCAAUGUGCGUGUUGUUCAGGUUUAUUUAACGCCAGUGAUUCUUGCACAAGGGGUCUCUGUGAGAGUAAAGAGCAAAGUCAUGUCAACAAAAACUGCAUUUACUUUAAUAUUGCAUGUGUCUGACAUCUACUGUGUGACCAUGUUAAUAUUGUAGUCAUCAAUAUACAGUGUAACCGGAAGUCAAAUAAGAUCACAUUAUAAGAGAAACUCCAUUCUUUUUGAUAACAGCCAUAGCAAUAAAUUAUCACCAGUAAUAAUCCAUUAACCAAUCUGCAAAAUGAUGACCCCCCUCCAACCCCUUUGCAAAUAGAAGAGGAAUUUUUAAAGUUAAUGUCCUAUUUUAUUGGCUUUAUGUUCUCCGUUCAUUGCAGCAGUUAAAAUAUGGCAACAUUAACCAGUUCAUUUAUUCUGGGGAUAUUUUGACCAAACGUAAUUAACCAGGUCACGCUGCUGCUCCUUUUUAUUACGGAGAACCGCAGCAGGGAUAUGGAGCCUGUGGAUGUGCCCGUUCGGAAUGUCUCAGAAGUGUUCUGGUUUCACGGCCCGAAUUUUGGGUGGGUAGAAUUACCUUACGGUCUGUGUGCAGCCCCUGUGAUUUGUGCCUGCGUUUAUAUGUGAAGGAUGCUGAUUUCUGGGUCCUCUUGUCUUCCCCUUUGUGUGAAUCCCCCCCCCCCCCCCGGUUUUGGGUUGAUUGUGGGACACGCCAAUGAUUUGUUAGAUCACAAUGAUGAUGAUACCUAGAUGGUCUGGCUCUUCUCAGAUGUAUUGCUUGAAAGUAUAAAAACGCCCUGGUGCAGCACUUCCUGUCAAGCCAGCUGGACAGCGGCCUUUUAUUACGGUUCCUAUAGCCUACCAUCUUCAGCCUAACUUUGCAGGGGUUUGAAAGUAACACAAAAAAGUAACACAAAAAACAUAAAAAAAACCCCCCAAAACAUCUGCAACGUUAGCACUGAUUCCAGGAGGCCCACGGGGAGGCGGCUGAGCAUAAAGCCAGCAAGUUAUGAAAUCCUGAGCCCAGUCCCUCGAUGAAUCACGUUAAAGCCCCUAUCUAAAUUGAUUUGAUUUCCUGUCAUUGAGAUUCAAGCACUUCCUGCUUCUCGUGUAGGACUCUUUGUGCACAAACACAAUAUGGACUCUGUUGUAACUUCCUCUUGGCUGCGUUUCCAGGAGCCAGAUCCAAUACCCACUGAAGGACCAUCGUUUUAUAAACAUUUACUACCGUGGCCUAUUCAACAACUCUAAGCGAUUAUCUUAGUCCACAAUCACCGACAACCUUGUACACUUUUCACUUUUAUCUACUAAGAACGAAUUACAUAUUUUCAUAUAUGAUACGGGUCCACUUUUGUAAGUAUCUCUGAUCUUGUAGAGUAUCUUCCAGUCUUUUACAAAAUUGUUAAUUAACCCGAGGAGCUGUAUUCGUGUCCUAUUUUUUGUUACCUUUGAUUGAAAUGUUAAAUGUGAAUGUAAUAUUUCUUAUGGAAACUUUUAUACUAUGUGCUUGCACCCCUAAAUCAAAUGGAGUAUUGUUGAAAAAUAAAGGUAAAUUCUUG